GUGGGCACUGGAUUGCUGGCAUUUGGACUUUUCUCCUGAAUCAUUGGUGGGGUUGUGACUAAAACGUGAAGGAGUAUUGUUGGUGGUGUGAGCCUGGCAACGAGGCGAGAUUAUUUGCUGAGUGGAGCAAACGGAAGGGAGGCCGUGGGGGAAAGGGACACCUGUGUCAUGCUCCCCAAGGAGAGACACAGCCCUCUGGGUGUACACAGGCAUCAUGGUAUCCACCACGCCGGUGCAUGCUGCGGCUCUCUCAGCAAACGGUCACCUAAAGACCAGCCCUCAGAUGUGGUGUACAUAGUGGGAGGCUGGAGCCGGGAUGACCCAGCAUGUCCGGUGGAACGGUUCUGUGCUGAAGAGAACGAGUGGAGGAUGACGGCACCGAUGAUGCGUCACCGUGGUGAUGCAGCCGUGUGCACCCUUGGGGGGUUCAUCUACACAGUGGGGGGGCAUGACGAUUUCACCUGUGUCAACAGUGUGGAGAAGUAUGACCCAGAGACCAACAUCUGGAGUGGGGAGGUGGCACCCCUCAGCAGCACACGCAGUAAGGUGUGCCUGGUGGAGAUGGAGGGGUUCUUGUAUGCCCUAGGAGGACACGAUGGGGACACCUGCACCAACAUUGUGGAGAGGUAUGAUCCCAGUCUGAACACCUGGAUGAAGUUGCCCCCCAUGCGUACCCGUCGCUCUGGGGCGGCGGCUGCGGUUUUGGGCAGGUACUUGUAUGUCAUGGGAGGCAGUGAUGAUGACACUCCCCUUAACUCAGUGGAGCGUUACAGCCCAAUGGAUGGGUGCUGGGUGAGCUGCCCGCCCAUGCUGACAGCCCGGGAGAACCCCGGCUGUGCCGUGUUACAGGGGCGCAUCUACGUGGCAGGAGGUCGAGACGAGCUACUCCUGGAGCUUAGUACAGCCGAGAAGUUCGACCCGGAAAGCUGUAACUGGACCCCAGUGAAGCCCAUGAAGGCAAAGCGCCACCAGGUCUCUCUUAUUGUAUUCAAUGGCUCAUUGCUGGCUGUUGGAGGUUUUGAUGGCAUCACCAAUCUCAAAACCAUGGAGCUCUAUAAUCAUGAGACAAACUCAUGGAGGCAUUUUGGGAGCAUGAAGUCCAAGCACCCUGGAGGACAUGUCACCCUGGUGAAGUCAUUCUCUAAUGUAUGAAUCUGCUGAGAGUGGCUAUGUGCACGAGAGGAUAUCUGGAGAUGUGGAUUGUGUCUGUGCUUUAUUUGUGUCUUUAUAUUCCCUUAUUUGUGAAUUGGAAAAAUAAUAAUCGUAAAAGGGCACCAGUACAGUCUAAAGCCAAAGUGACUCCUGUGUAUCUGCCUGUGUAAAUUUGCACCAUGGGUAAUGUACUGUAGGUGAUUCCACAUAGAGAGCAGAGCUUCAUUAAUGGAGAGUGCUAUAAGAGCAUGCAAGGUGAGAGAAACAGACAGCCAGGUUCCACCUGAGCAAGCAGCACUGUGGUGCAGGCCUGCGGUACCCAGUGCCCUGGGCUUGCACAGUCAGCUGAACUGAAGGUUCUCCCCCAGUCUGCAGGCUGGUGAAAGUAAUAAACAUGCUUUGCAGAACAUGCAUUUGAGAGCAUUUUACUGCAGCGAAGGCAACAGAAUGUGAAAAGCGCAUAAGAGGAUUUGUGGAAAUUACAUGAUCAUCGAUUACAUAUUAAAACCAUGUAACCAUGAAUUCUGUAUUACAUGUGUAUGUGGAGGGAUUAUGGGUUGAAAUGUAUCACAGGUAUAGGUA